UUUUCUUAUUUAAAAUUUAAACGGAAUUUAAUGUGUUCCUAAUGUCAUCCCUUUAAUUACACAAAUUAGUUCGUCAAAAUCCACAUGAUUUGAUAGAAAAAAUAUCGGCUUUUAGAAAUUAUAAAAAAAAAAACCCUCUCUGUUUGUUAUUCAUCUCUCUCCUCCGCCUCCUGUAUCGAUCUAUAUCUCCAUUAUUUUCCUUCUUAAAUUGCGUUUUUCCUUUUCUGUUUCUUUUUUUUUUUUUGUGUAGUUCUUCUUCGUUGAUGGUAAAUCGUUUUUGAUUUGUUUUAUCUGAGAGAUAUGGUUGCCUUUGGGAAGAAGUUGAAGGCAAGACAAAUUCAGGAAUGGCAAGCGUAUUACAUAAACUACAAGUUAAUGAAGAAGAAAGUCAAACAGUAUGCUCAUCAAAUUGAAGUUGGGACACUAGAACGUCGACAUGUUCUCAAAGACUUCUCAAGAAUGCUGGAUAAUCAGAUUGAGAAGAUUGUCCUUUUUCUACUGGAGCAACAAGGCCUACUCGCAAGCAAGUUAGCAAAGCUUAGAGAACAGCAUGAUACUCUUGAGCAGCAGCCAGAAAUAUCCCAAAUAACUGAAUUAAGAGAAGGUUAUAGAGUAGUGGGAUACGAUCUUUUGAAGCUUCUCUAUUUUGUUGAAAUGAAUGCUAUUGGUCUACGAAAGAUAUUGAAAAAGUUCGAUAAACGCUUUCGCUAUAGAUUCACUGAUUACUAUGUCAAAAGUCGUGCUAAUCAUCCUUACUCUCAGCUGCAGCAAGUGUUCAAGCAUGUGGGUUUAGGUGCUGUUGUUGGAGCAGUAUCUCGUAAUCUUCAUGAACUUCAGGACUGUCAAGGAAGCUACUUAUCAAUCUAUGAUCCGCCUGCCCUUCCUCUCCAGGUUUCUCCUAUACAUACUUGUGAUCAUUUUUCAUCUGACUUUUCUUCCAAAUUGUUGUAUGAUAAUAAGGAUAUGGUUAUGCUAUUUUACUUGGAUCAUCUGCAGGAUCCCGUGGUCGAUUCAAUAAAAGCAGCUGUGGAUAGGUUAACUCACUCAACAAACUUCCUAAACUUUAUGGCACAACAUGCUCUGAUCAUGCAAGAAGAGCUACCUGCUCCCGCUGAGGAACAAAUUGAUGAAGAGAGAUACCAUUAUGUGUCACUCCUCUUGAACUUAGCCAACACAUUCCUUUAUAUGGUCAAUACAUAUAUUAUUGUCCCUACUGCAGAUAACUACUCCAUGAGCCUUGGAGCUGCUGCAACAGUUUGUGGUAUUGUUAUUGGGGCAAUGGCUGUUGCACAGGUGUUUUCUUCAGUGUACUUUAGUGCAUGGUCUAACAGAUCAUACUUCAGACCUCUUGUAUUUAGCAGUAUUGUCCUUUUUGUGGGAAAUGCUAUGUAUGCAUUGGCUUAUGAUCUGAACUCAUUAACAAUGCUUCUACUGGGUCGGCUUUUUUGUGGAUUCGGUUCUGCUAGAGCUGUUAACCGCCGGUAUAUCAGUGAUUGUGUACCCCUAAAAAUCCGAAUGCAGGCAUCUGCUGGAUUUGUUAGUGCCAGUGCUUUGGGAAUGGCAUGUGGUCCUGCUCUUGCUGGCAUACUUCAGAUAAAUUUCAAGAUUUACAAAUUGACAUUUAAUGCAAUGACUUUGCCAGGAUGGGUUAUGGCUGUUGCUUGGCUUGUAUAUCUGAUAUGGUUGUGGUUCUCAUUUAAAGAACCAUCUCGUGAUGUUGAAGAGAACAAUUCUCCUCAUGCAUCGGAUUCUGAAACGGCUGAAAAGAAUACACUUGAGAAAGGUCUGAAACAACCAUUGCUGAUUACUUCAGAAGAGCAGCAAGAAGAUGAUGAAGAUGCAGAGGCUGAUGGAAGUGAAGAAGUCUCUCAGGAAUCUCGUCGACCAGCUACAUCAAUUGCAUCAGCUUAUAGACUACUUACACCCUCAGUCAAGGUUCAGUUGCUGAUAUAUUUCAUGCUCAAGUAUGCAAUGGAAAUUUUACUCUCGGAGUCUAGUGUCGUCACUACAUACUACUUCAGCUGGUCGACAAGCACAGUUGCUGUAUUUCUUGCAUGUCUUGGCUUAACAGUUCUUCCAGUAAACAUUGUUGUUGGGAGCUACAUUAGCAACAUGUUUGAAGACAGGCAAAUUUUGUUGGCAUCUGAAAUUAUGGUUUUCGUAGGCAUACUGCUAAGCUUCCAUGUAAUAAUACCAUACUCCGUACCCCAGUAUGUAUGUUCAGGGCUCAUCAUGUUUGUUUCUGCUGAAGUACUUGAAGGUGUCAACUUGUCACUGCUAUCUCGGGUUAUGUCAUCUAGGCUGUCACGUGGAACCUACAAUGGGGGACUACUUUCGACAGAAGCUGGGACUAUUGCUCGAGUGAUUGCAGAUGCCACAAUAACAAUGGCUGGCUUCUUAGGUCAGAGUCAGCUUUUGAAUAUCACCCUACUUCCUUCACUACUGAUAUGCGUCAUCUCUAUUGCUGCUACAUGCUUUACCUACAACUCUCUGUAUUGAUCGAUUCUAUAACAAGAAGAAGAAAAAUCAGUAUCUCCUUCACAAUUCAAUCAUGAUCCUUUACAGGUUUUACCUGUUCAAAAUUUGUUUUCAUCAUCAUCAUCAUUAUUAUAUCUUAUCAAUGCUGUGUAUUGUGACUCACUCAGGGCAUUGAUUAUCUCUGUAAUUGUAGCUUUGAUAAAAUUUUGGUUCCAUUCAAUUGAGGGCUCAAAUAGAGCCGAAAAGUUCCAGAUCUAUAGAAUGCUUCCACUUCUUUUGCUUAUAGUUUAUUUUUAUCCCGGCACGAAGGUAUGUGUACAAAACGAAUAUGUUCAAUUUUUCUUCUAGAUUUUUCCAAA